UUUGGGGGUUGGAGGACUGGGCGUAUAUAAGGCGGUCAGCGGGCGGGCGCGGGUCCUUAGAACGAGCGGAGAUGGCGGAGUGUGACUUGGAGAAUUCGACGGCAGCGCCGCUGAGGCCGCAGAGCUUUCUGUUCGGAUGUGAGCUAAAGGCCGGUCACAAAGAAUACAAGUUGGAGGUGGAAGACGAUGAUUCUGAGCAUCAGCUUUCUUUGAGGACGGUUUGUCUUGGUGUUGGGGCAAGUGAUGAUCUGCAUCUGGUCGAAGCAGAAGGCUUAAACUCUGAAGGCAAGAACACAAAGGUGACUUUGGCAGCUUUGAAGAUGUCAGUGCAGCCUACAGUUAGUUUGGGAGGAUUUGAAAUGGCACCACCCGUGACAUUCAGGCUCAAAUCUGGAGCGGGUCCUGUAUACAUAAGUGGCCAGCACCUCAUUGCAUUGGACGAUGAUGAUUUGGAGUCUGAUGUUGAGGAUGACAGCAUGCUGGCGGACAAAACACCGAAACAAGCUGUAAAGCGACCAGCUGCUACAGCAUCCAAAGUAAUGCAGCAGAAGAAAAUGAAAGUGGAAGAUUCCGAUGAAGAUGACGACGAGGAGGAGGAGGAUGAUGACGAGGAAGGUGAAGAUGAGAAAGCGGUCACCCCGGCAAAAAAGCCUCUUCAAAAAACUCCGCUCAAGGCAGCACCUGGAUUGAAAGGGACUCCCAAACAAAAUGGCAAAACACCCACCAAACCCACACCAGCUAACAAGCAGUCCAAGACUCCAGAAUCCAGCAGUAAACCCAAAACCCCAAAGGCCCCACUGACCACAGAAGAAAUCAAGACUAAGUUGAAGACCUCCUUGGAAAAAGGUGUUGGUCUUCCCAAACUGGAGUCGAAGUUUAUUAACUACGUGAAAAAUGGCUUCAGGGUGGAAGACCCAAAGAUCAUCAAAGAACUCUGGACAUGGAGACAGACACUGGAUGGAAAGUAGAAUAACUAGCUGUAAUGCCACAAACUUGCUGUGAACAUCGUCCUACUUCAUCUGUCACUGUAAAUAAACCAGUUUGUUUUACAA